UUCCAGCAGACCCCGAGCAGGAGAACCAGAGCCCAAAUCCAACUUUGCCCUCCCCCAAUUCCCCCUCGGUCCCGGCGCUCCCGCCGACGUUCCGGGGAGAUUUCCGUGGAUUUCGACACUUUGGGAAGAGUUUUUCAUGGAUUUCUCAACUUUGGGAAGAGUUUUCCGUGGAUUUCUUGGCCAUGGGAAGAGUUUUCCAUGGAUUUCUCAACUUUGGGAAGAGUUUUCCCUGGAUUUCUCAACUUUGGGAAGAGUUUUCUGUGGAUUUCAAAACUUUGGGAAGAAUUUUCCGUGGAUUUCUCCAAGGUGAAUCCAUCCCACUACAAGUUUUCCAUGGAUUUCUCAACUUUGGGAAGAGUUUUCCAUGGAUUUCCCAACUUUGGGAAGAGUUUUCCAUGGAUUUCUUGGCCAUGGGAAGAGUUUUCCAUGGAUUUCUCAACUUUGGGAAGAGUUUUCCAUGGAUUUCUUGGCCAUAGGAAGAGUUUUCCAUGGAUUUCUCAAUUUUGGGAAGAGUUUUCCGUGGAUUUCUCCAAGAUGAAUCCAUUCCCAGGUCAGUUUUCCAUGGAUUUCUCAACUUUGGGAAGAGUUUUCCAUGGAUUUCUCGGCCAUGGGAAGAGUUUUCCGUGGAUUUCUUGGCCAUGGGAAGAGUUUUACGUGGAUUUCUCCAAGAUGAAUCCAUUCCCAGGUGAGUUUUCCGUCGAUUUCUUGGCCAUGGGAAGAUUUUUCCAUGGAUUUCUCAAUUUUGGGAAGAGUUUUCCGUGGAUUUCUCAACUUUGGGAAGAGUUUUCCAUGGAUUUCUCAAUUUUGGGAAGAGUUUUCCGUGGAUUUCUCAACUUUGGGCAGAGUUUUCCAUGGAUUUCCCAACUUUGGGAAGAGUUUUCCAUGGAUUUCUCAAUUUUGGGAAGAGUUUUCCGUGGAUUUCUCAACUUUGGGAAGAGUUUUCCGUGGAUUUCUCAACUUUGGGAAGAGUUUUCCGUGGAUUUCUCAAUUUUGGGAAGAGUUUUCCGUGGAUUUCUCAAUUUUGGGAAGAGUUUUCCAUGGAUUUCUCAAUUUUGGGAAGAGUUUUCCGUGGAUUUCUUGGCCAUGGGAAGAAGUUUUUCGUGGAUUUCUCAACUUUGGGAAGAGUUUUCCAUGGAUUUCUCAACUUUGGGAAGAGUUUUCCGUGGAUUUCUCAACUUUGGGAAGAGUUUUCCGUGGAUUUCUUGGCCAUGGGAAGAGUUUUCCAUGGAUUGCAGAACUUUGGGAAGAGUUUUCCGUGGAUUUCUCAAUUUUGGGAAGAGUUUUCCAUGGAUUUCCCAACUUUGGGAAGAGUUUUCCAUGGAUUUCUCAACUUUGGGAAGAGAAUCUUCUCCUUUUUUUAUCAUGGAAUCUUCAGCUCCAGGAUGA